ACGGGUGGGCGGUGCGUCAGCGGCGGCGGCGACGGCGGCGGCUCCUGCUCUUCGGCUGGGGACAGCCGGGGAAGGAAAGAGAGAGAGAGAGAGACUGACUGGGAUGCACGAUUAAGGAUGGACGUAUAUAUGAAUUUCCAAAGAAGUUAAUUUUCCUGAUGUCUGGGAACCUGCUUUCAUUAUUAAAUCUCAUGACUGGAAAAUUUGCAUCCACAAUGUUCAUCUGUCUACAUAUAAUUGCAACCAGCACCCUAGGAUCCAGCUGUGGGUUUGUUGGCAAACUAACACUGAUGCAACUGAAUGUGGAAAAGAUUGUUGCACAAUAAAUCUGGAACUGCGUCUCUAAUACUGGGAAUAGCAAGAAUCCUCUACAUGAAACUACUCCCUCUAAUAUCUAGAACAGUCAUUUUCAAAUCAGCAUGUCUCAGGUUGUGGAUAUAUCAGCAACUGUGUGUCUUUAUGUUCAGUUAGAAGGGAAAAAUGAAGAGCCUAUAUAUCUGUAAAAAUGAAGUCUCAUUCAGAAUUAGACUUUGUACUAAAUCAGUUUUCUGUUGGAUUAAAACAUUCAUUUGCUUUAAAGACCACUGACAGCAGUUUGAGCAGUUGUGCAUUUUAUAUUAGUCAAACUGAAAAACCGUUUUGAAAUAACAUAAAUUCUUAGAUUGUUCCUUCAAUUUUAGAGGCUAUACUAAAUGCAAAUUGUUUAAAAUGCCAGUUUAGUGUGUUAUUAAAUGUUUACUGUGAUGAAAACAGACAUGCUAGAUGUGCAGCUGACAAACCAAGAAACUGAGAUUUGAAAGAACUAUCAGUAAUCACAUUUCACUUUCUUCCGUUUAAAAUUAAGUUAUGGAAGCUGCACAGAAAAAAUUCUCCUUAGGUCAUCAGUCAAAACAAAAGGGGACUGUAGCACAAGAAGAUGGCAGUCCUCCAACAAAAAAAGCAAUGACAGAAGUACAUGUAAAAGAUAAAAUACAAACAAUGGUAAAUAAAUUGUCGACAAUUAAAAAGGAACACUUGGAUGAAUGUGAAGAAAAUGUUUUGGAGGACAGACAGGAAGGUGCCAGACCAAACAUUGCUGCAAUGCCUGAGCCUUUGAACUUAAAUCCUGGGUUGAAACAUACACUGGCACAGUUCCAUUUAAGCAGCCAGAGUUCACUGGGUGGACCAGCAGCAUUUUCUGCUCGCCAUUCCCAAGAAAGCACGUCUUCUGUCUUCAUACCUCUCCCAUCACCUCAGAUCCUUCCUGGCCCACUGCUUGUUCCUUCAGAUAGCUCUACAGAGCUGACUCAGACUUUAUUGGAGGGAGAGAGUAUAUCUUGCUUUAAAGUCGGAGGAGAAAAGAGACUCUGUCUGCCUCAAGUCUUGAAUUCUGUGCUCCGUGACUUUUCUCUGCAGCAGAUUAACACAGUUUGUGAUGAACUUUACAUCUACUGUUCUAGAUGCACUUCUGACCAGCUUCAUAUUUUAAAGGUUUUGGGAAUCCUUCCAUUUAAUGCUCCAUCUUGUGGGCUGAUCACACUGACAGAUGCUCAGAGACUGUGCAAUGCUCUGCUGCGCCCUCGUACUUUUCCUCAGAAUGGUAGCAUACGUCAUGCUAAAGGUUCACUGGAUCAACUAAAGGAAAUUGGUGGUGCCUUUGAAGUAGAGCAUGAAUGUUUGGGCAAGUGUCAGGGUUUAUUUGCUCCACAUUUUUAUCUUCAGCCAGAUUCCCAGUGUAUUCAGUGUUCAGAAUGCUAUGGGAUGUUUUCACCCCAAACAUUUGUGAUGCAUUCUCAUCGCUCUCCUGACAAGAGAACAUGUCAUUGGGGCUUUGAAUCAGCCAAAUGGCAUUGUUAUCUGCAUAUUAACCAAAAAUAUCUAGGAACCCCAGAAGAGAGAGAUUUGAAACAUCUUUUGGAAGAAAUGAAAGAAAAGUUUAGUGUGAAAAAUCAGAAAAUAACCCAAUCUAAAGAAGAUUCUCCGUAUAACCUAGAACUUCAACAGUGGUAUCCAGUUAUAAAGCAAGAAACAGACUCUGUUAAUCAGACACAUUCAUUCAUGCAUCCCAGCUACUACUUUUAUAUGUGUGAUAAAAUGGUUGCACCCAAUGUGUCCCUUACCUCUUCAGUACCACAGUGUAAAGAAAGCACCAAAUCGGUAGAGAAAAUCUCAGAAGUUAUUAAAUCUCUACCUGGGCAGUUGGUGAAACAACAUAGCAGUGGCAAACGCAAAAAAGCUGUUCUCUACCCUGAUAUCUCACUUGAUGUGCAAAAAAAUGUUGAUUUAAAAUUUAACACAGAAGUAUGUGCUAGUAUAGAGCAAUCUGUAUCCAUUAAGUCUGCAAACAGAAGGAAAACUGAACAGGUCCCUUCCAAAGUGACUAUGGAAGAUAAUGAAGCAGUCAGCAGUGGUACACAAUCCUCUUCCUAUGUUCCUGUUGGUGGUACUGCUUGUGAUGAUGACAAAGGAAAAAUGAUGGAAGCAGUCAUGAAAACAUACAUAAAACAGCAAGAAAAGCUCCAUACAAUUUUGCAAAAGAAGCAGCAUCUUCAAAUGGAAGUAGAAAUGUUAAGUAGUUCAAAGGCCAUGAAGGAGUUGACAGAAGAGCAACAGAAUUUACAAAAAGAACUUGAAUCUUUGCAAACUGAACAUGCUCAAAGAAUGCAAGAGUUUUACAUUGAGCAGAGAGACCUGGAGAAAAAGUUAGAGCAGGUAAUAAAGCAAAAAUGUACCUGUGAUUCUAACUUGGAAAAGGACAAAGAAGCAGAGUAUGCAGCCCAGUUGGCAGAGCUGAGACAGAGGCUGGAUCAUGCAGAAGCUGAUAGGCAAGAACUUCAAGAUGAAUUGAGACAGGAAAGAGAAGCAAGACAAAAGUUGGAGAUGAUGAUCAAGGAACUAAAGCUUCAGAUUCAGAAGUCUUCAAAAAACAGCAAAGGGAAAUAAAGUGCCAAAAGGAAUAUAUCUGCAUUUUUCUAGCAGGGCUAACACAUUACCUGUCAAGGAGAAGCAAAGCCAUGGAGAAGCAAAGGUAUUUGGGACAUCUUGGGGAACUUCUCUUAUGCAAGCAGCAUCAGUGAAGCAGAGUUUUCCAUUUCCCAAUGAUAUCAAUGAUAUUUGCACAAGAUGAGUUCUCAGAGGACUGUGCCCAAUGUAUGCAUAUAAAUCUGUAAUGAUAUACAAGUGUACAACUUCCAGACUGACAAAAUCUGUAUUUGUGCUGCUUUUUUUACAGUUAAAAGCAAUGUUGCAACCUUCUGUUUUUAUAGUGCUCAAUGUAUAUUCUUUUUACAAUCUGUCUCGAGGGCUCUCUACCUUUUACUGAAUGCAACUUUAUUCAAAAUAUGCAGCAUCCACAUACUUUCUUUCAUUUGCAUGCAUUCAUUUACAUAAAAUAGUGCUGUAGUUCCAAGAAUUUAAUACAGAAAAAAAUAUUGCAGAGA